CCCAUUUAUGGACUUUUUUUGCCUCUUUUUUUCUCCCCGCGCGAAUGAAUUACCGUUCGCGAGGUUUGUUUUCCCCUCGGGCAGAGCCGCAUAGCAGUAGGGGGAUAUGAAGAGUGGGUACCCCCCUUUUUGCUGACCCCUCUGUACAAGUGCGCCCCUCCGAGCAUGUUACAUUUGUAUGCCCCUUUUUAGUUUUUAAUGCCGCGCGAUCCGCAGAAGCUUUGACGAGACGACGACGAUGAUGAUGGAAUACCUCGUAAACAGGGAGAGGGAUCCUCUUUGGAACGACCCAAGUCGUCAUGUUUUGGCAAAUAAAAAAGAAAAAAAGAAUGAAUAUUCCUCCCAUUGUUGCAGCAAAGGGAGGGAGGAAGAUGUCGACCUGUGGGAUUUUUUGAAAAACAAAAGCGGUGGAUUUUUUUUUGAGUCGGGGGGGGAGAAGUGGGUUGCCGAGCUGGCCCCCACGGGGGGAGCAGCAUUAGGAGUAGUAGCAGACGCAGCAGCGGGAGCAGGCUUCCUGGGGACGCCCAAGAGGAAGCGAAUGCAGUUCGAGUCCGGCGGCGGGAUGGCCACCCCCCUGCAGAGUUACACCCCCGAGGGGGGGAGCCACGGUUUGGAAGACCCACCGCAUGGCAGUCCCGCAGAUGGUAAAAGGAAUGAGCAGAAAAGUGAGCAAAAGGGUGAGCGAAAAGGUGAGCAUAAAGGUGAGCGAAAAGGUGAGCGAAAAGCUGCGUGGAAGAAGCUGAAGACCGGCCAGUUGGGUAGCCUGAGCGAAUUUCACUCCAGGGGAUACGCUGCACCGCCCAGUGAGCAUGUAGACCAAAGCGAAGAGAAUGAUGGGGCUCGUUCGCAGAGGGAGGAAGAAGAAGAUGUCGCAACCACGGCCACUACAGUGCUGUCACUAUUGCAGAUUGAAAGAACUCCAGAGGGGGAGGACUCGAGUGAUGAUCCCCCAGUUAGCGGUACGGAGGGGUAUGCCUUUGUCGGGGCAGACCAAUUGGUGGAGUUGCCCAAAAGGUGGCAGGCCAGGAGUUGCAUGGCGGAAGGGAACGACUGCAGUGGGGGGGAUGGAGCAGGCAACUCGUCGAACGGUGGUGGGGCAGGCAACUCACUGAGCGGUGGCGGCAGCGCAGGGGGGAGCGGUGGAAGUGGAGGGAACCACGGGAGCAGUGGAGAUGAUGGGAAAGGAAAUGGGAACAGAGGAAAUGGUCACCUGGAUGGUGGCCACCAGGGGGAUAACCAGGAGGAGGAGAAAGAAGAGGGAGAGACGAACGAACAGAGAAAACGUAAAAACGGCGAAGACAUCAUGCAGGGGGAUAUUACAAACGGUGAGAAUGCUCUGCACAUGGGGGGGGACCCCAAAAUGAAUUAUUUCCCCAACGGGAAUGGAAUGGUUAAUGGGGGGCUAGGCAUCGGAGGGAUGGGCAGUGGUCACAACGAACUGGGUGACCAGGACAGAGUAGCAGCUGGCGGUCAAAGGAAAAUGCCAGCCGGUGGCAACUACAGCAAUAGCAGCAGCAUGGGCAUGGGCAUUGGCAUGAGCAUGGGCAAGGUGGAAAGUGGCCCCCUCAAUUUUGCCUCCUCCAAUAAGAUACCGCUACAGAGUUUUGGUGGCCCCCACCCGAAUGGGGCGAAGCUUGGCGCGGAGGGUGGAAGUGCCAAAAACGGGGCCCCCCUGGCGGGAAACAAAAAUGUGGGCAUGAACAGCUUGAGCGGCGCUAUGGGUGGCGCCAACAUGAGCUUCCCCAAGAAUAAGCCCUUCAUGGCGAACCCGCAAAUGGGGUUUGUGAGCAAUGCGAAUGGGGGCGUCACCAAGGGGUCUCGCAUGGGCGAAUCCUCCCGAAUGAAUGGCCCCAACUUCAAAGACCCAAACGAUGAGUACUCCCUGGAGAGCAAAAAAAAGGACGCUGGAAAGAAGGAAGUUCUGGAGGGACCUUUAAUAGGCAGCGACAUGAGCAACUACCCCAAUAGUGCCAUCGGCAUGGGAAGCAAUAACAUGAGCAUGUUUCCCCCUCAUGGAAUGAACACCGCAAACGCAUUUUUAGGCAGCAACAUGGGCAGAAUGAACAGCCUAAGUGCUAUGAAAGGGAUUGGUAAUCAGUUCAACGGUGUGAAUGUACCACCGAUGAUGGGUGCCGGUGGUAACUCCUAUAACUUCCAUGUGGCUCCGCCCCAUCCGUAUGCUGGCAUGAAUAUGAUGAAUUCCAUUGGGAUGAUGGGGAGCGGUGUGGGGAACGCCGCCGGGAUUGGAGGUGGCUUUUUGCCCGCAGGCCCCAUGAAUGAGAUGCACGCGGGGGUGAUGGGCGGGUUGGAUAGCAACAUGGCGAAUGGGUUGGCUAGCGGUGUGGCGAAUGGGUUGGCCAGCGGCAUGACGAACGGGUUGAACAGCCCCAGUAGGGUAGCCAGCGCGACGCAAGCAGCAGCCCCCCAAAGCGCCAGAAAUGUAGGCAGCAAAGGGGUAGGCAGCAAAGGGGUAGGCGGCAAAGGUGUAAGCGGCAAAAGUGCAGGCGCCAACGGAGCAGAAACCGAAAGUGCAAAAAAAAACAAUGACGCUCAUCCGAACAGCAAAGGAACAAACAAAAUGAAUAGCAACACAGAAGGUAACAAGAGUGGAAUUAAAAAUCUGCGAAUGGAGGACCUUACCUUUAAUGAGCAUGUGAAUUUAAAAAGUGUGGAUGGACUUGACUUGAGCAAAAACUUUGUGAAUGGAAAGUACUGCUCCAGGCUGCCCGCGAAUGAAAAAAUUUAUAACAUUGUAAAUUACAUUGUGAGGAACUCCCUCGUAGAUUAUCUGCUGGACUUUUAUAACAACGAGAGUUUGCUUUAUAAUGAGAAAUCCGAGCUGUCGGAUGGCAACAGCGGGGUGGAUAUCAGCCCAAGGUGCGACGAACUGAAGGGUGCCACGAAGGAUGGGCAGGAGGCAGAAGGGGAGGGUGCCCCAAAUGUGAAGGAGGAAACGGGGGAGGAGAACAAAGGGGAGGCGUGCCAGGGGGGAGAGGCCCCGAACGGUGACCACGCGAAGGAAGAGGUUAAGAAGCAGGACGGGGGGGCUGCCAACGAGGGGGCUGCAGAAGGACUGGCGGGCAAACAACAUGCCGAUGCGCAGACCCCAGAUGAGCAGCUCAAAAGUGAGGGCACCCCCAGCCAGACGAAUAAACAAAACGUCCCAAGUGAGAACAUCAGUGGGAAUAACAGGGGUGAGGAUAAGCUUGACGCGGUGGAAGUGAAGGAGGCCCCAAACAAGGGAGAGACCUCCCCCAUGGUUAGUAGUAGCGGCAUUGGCGGGGGCAUUGGCGGGGGCAGCGGCGGAAGCGUGGAGCGCGACGCGGACGAAAGCAACAAGUCCAUCCUGACCGAAAUUACGAAAAGCAUAUGCUCCAUAAUAAAUCUACAGCAGCUGAUGCCAGUCAACAACAGAGUAAGCAACCCGAAUUUGAUUUAUGAUCCCCAUUAUGAUGCCAUUUAUUCUAAGUGGAAAUCGUUUUUAAGGAAGGAGCAGUCUAGUGGCAAUGUCAUCAGCAUGUGUUUCUCCAGGGACUUUCUGCAUACCGUUUUGCUGUGCAAUUAUGUGGCCAUAAUUGAGGAUUUAAAGAAGACCGCCGUGAAGAAGAAAAUAAAAUACUUUUUUCUGAACCUGUGCUUGGAGGCCGGGCUGUCCGUCAACGUCGCCCUCAUGCUCUUCAUCAACGCGGCCAAGCAGAGCAACAAGUUGCAGUCCCUCCUGCCAUCCGAAACCGGCCUUGGAUACCUGCAUCGAGACGCCGGAGGAGCUAAAGAAGAAAACAUGGGCAUCAUCACCUUCGAGUGCAUAACGAAUGACCGCGAACCCGAUCACCUAAUCAAGCUGAUCACUCUGAAGAAUAUUUUCUCUAGACAGUUGCCGAAGAUGCCUCGAGAGUACAUCGUGCGGUUAGUAUUCGAUCGGAAUCAUUACACGUUUUGUCUUUUAAAAAAGAACACGGUAAUUGGGGGAGUUUGUUUUAGGCCCUACUUUGAGCAGAAGUUUGCGGAAAUUGCCUUUCUCGCGGUUACCUCUACGGAGCAGGUGAAGGGCUACGGCACGAGGCUGAUGAACCACCUGAAGGAGCACGUGAAGAAGUUCGGCAUCGAGUACUUCUUGACGUAUGCGGACAACUUCGCCAUCGGGUACUUCCGCAAGCAGGGGUUCUCGCAGAAGAUCUCCAUGCCGAAGGAGAGGUGGUUCGGCUACAUCAAGGACUACGACGGAGGAACCCUAAUGGAGUGCUACAUAUUCCCAAACAUAAAUUACCUCCGACUGUCGGAGAUGCUGUACGAGCAGAAGAAGACGGUCAAAAAGGCCAUUCACUUUAUUAAGCCACAAAUUAUUUUUAAGGGACUCAACUUCUUUAUGCAAAAUAAAGGAGUUAACAAUGCCAUUCACCCGAGUAACAUCCCAGGGUUGCUGGAAGUCGGGUGGAAAAAGGAGGUGAAAUAUUUCCCAAAGAAGGCCCAAAACAAGGACGUACAGCUGAAGGACCAAAUUCUGGGCGUCCUAGACUUCCUGGAAAAGCAGCAGUCCGCCUGGCCCUUCCUCAAGCCCGUCAGCCUCUCGGAGGCCCCCGACUACUACGACAUUAUAAAGGAGCCCACGGACAUUCUGACCAUGCGCAGGAAGGCCCGACAUGGCGAGUACAAAACCAAGGAGGACUUUGGAAUUGAGCUGAAGCGCAUGUUCGACAACUGCCGCCUGUACAACGCGCCCACGACGAUCUACUUCAAGUACGCCAACGAGUUGCAGGCGCUGAUAUGGCCCAAGUACGAGUGCAUAAGUGAUGGAGGGAAGUGACCCGAUCGUUUGGCAGCAGUUGGCAAAAAGGGAAAAGAAAAAAGAAAAAAGAAAAGGAGAAGAUUGUUGUGGAGGGAAGGGGGACGACUGCAACGUACAUUUGUCGAAGAAUGAACCACCAUUUGAGGGAAAAACUGCUACACCGAUGAGGCGUCUCCUCUGCGCCGCCCACUUGGGAGGACCACAAAUGGGGCGUAUGCAUGUACAUAUACUUAUGUGUGUACAUGUGUAUGUACAUGCGAAGAAGCGCAUGAUCACGCACUGGCCCCCCUUUCCUCGAGCGCACCCUCCCCCCCCACACACACAUAUACUGGUAGACUCCCUACAUACGCUUAUAUUCACCACGUACCUACGCUUAUGCGCGGGACGAAGAGCCAGGCGCACCUUCCAACCCCAUUACGCCGGCAGUUCUUCUUUUUUAACGUAUCCCUCUGCUGCGUCUGCAUGGACUGCCUCGCUUGCCUCGUGAGCAGCUGGCACCCCU